UGCAUUAAGCUGACACUCCCUGUGUGUCAGUCCGCCGAGCUGCAGUCCUGCUUCACUCCGUCUGUUAGCAAAAAAUGAGCGACAAAGGUCUGUCAGACGAGGCAGCGGCGGCUGCUUGUCAAGAUGGAGACCCGGUGACUAAGGAUUUCAUGAUGCAGCAGACGAUGCUGCGGGUUAAAGAUCCGGUCAAAUCAUUGGACUUCUACACCAGAAUCCUCGGCAUGACGCUCCUCCAAAAGUUUGACUUCCCCUCCAUGCGUUUCUCUCUCUUCUUUUUGGGAUACGAGGACAAGAAGGAGAUUCCUACAGACGUAAAGGAAAAGACGGCGUGGACCUUUUCUAGAAGAGCCACGAUCGAGCUGACGCAUAACUGGGGCUCUGAGGCGGAUGAGAGUCAGUCUUAUCACAAUGGAAACUCAGAUCCUCGUGGUUUUGGUCACAUCGGGAUCGCAGUUCCUGACGUCUACGAAGCGUGCAAACUGUUUGAAGAACAAGGAGUGACGUUCGUCAAGAAGCCCGAGGAUGGUAAAAUGAAAGGCUUGGCUUUCAUCCAAGACCCUGAUGGUUACUGGAUCGAGAUCCUGAGUCCCAACAACAUGGUGUCCAUAACCUCCUAAAGACCGUGACGACGCCGGCUGCUCUCGCUGCGUUGGCUGGAAGAGCAGAACGCCGAUUUGUUUAGCGAAACGCAUUUAGCAACGAGAACGUGAGGGAUCAGUGAAGAGGAGCGCGAUCUCGUGUGCAAAGGCACGGCCUGGACUUCUUAUUGGACAAAUAAUAAGUAAAGAAAAGAUUAGAUACCUGAAGUGUUGCUAUGGAUACGACUUCCUUUUUGUAGCUGCUGAGUUCGUCAUCAUUUUCAGUUUGUGUAAAAUAAAAAAAAAGAGACACUGAAAUAAAAUGAUAUGACUUUAUAAAGGU